AACCAUUAGUGGAAUUAUUGUUAGAAAAUAUUGCAUCUGUUAUUCUACAAAAUAAUAUAUCAUCAAGCUAUGCCUUAACACAUAACAUAUUAAAACAGUCAUCUGAUAUAAAAAUAUCAAAUAAUAUAUCUUUAUUAUCAGGACUAUUAGCAGAAUAA